AUGUCAUAUCUAAGAAAUCCGCGCAUAAAACUUAUUGUGGCUGCAAUGCAAGCCGAAGAAGCUUCAUCACGGGAUGAAAAUCUUUGCCUAGAUGAAGAACUGAGAUCAUCUACUGCAGCCGCACCUUUAAUAAAAUCUCAUAAAGAAUUAGUGGGUGUUAAUAAUGUACAUCCAGAAAAUGAGAUGAUGCCGGGGACAUCUAUGAGUGGUACUGGUUUGUUUGAUAUAGCGACAGAAAAUUGUCUACCUAGUAACAGACCAAGGUCUGAUUCUUCUAGCUCUGGUACAUCUUCGUCAACUAGCACAUCUUCAUCGUGA